AUGCGGGGUGCACGACUCUCCGACGUGACCACCUUCUUAGAAGCUGGGCUCCUAGAGACAACACAGUCUGUGCCGGAAUUCCACGCGCACAUAGACCUGUUAGAGGGCGCGCCCCUGCGGGCACCGCAGCACUUGCGAACACCAGUCUAUUUGGAGAGCCACGGGCGACCCAGAGAAUGGGACGCUGUGUGGUCGGCUGGGAACGAGGAUAUCGGGAAAAGAAGAUCCACAAGCAAGGCACCAUUCGCUCUGGUACAACAUUACGCACCGAGGCUGAAUUCUGAAGCAAUGUUUAGAGUGUUUGAGUCAGCACCAGUCGCCCACGCACUUGUCGAUGCAAUCACGUGCCCCGUAAGGAACAAUUUCGCUCAGAAAUUACAAACGCAAAAGUGGCAGAAGUUUUGUGGUUGGGACACUCUCAAUCUUGCAAAGCCUUUCCACUUCAUCCUGCUCUGCCACGAUCAGCCAGUUGAGGUGUACACGUUGGACAUAUCCGAGCUCCCAAAUCAUGGCCCAGCUCGGGGUUCAAUGGCUGGCUCAUAUCCACCCGGCUGCAAAGUGUCGCAACAAGAAUACGGCGUCGUUCGCUUCCGGCCGUGGUGGCCUCGCAUUGCUCAUGAAUACAAAAAUAAGCGGCUUUCGCCGGAACUUGUUGACAUGCACUCCAAGAAUAGCGAGCGCAUUAUUGCUGAGCUUAAAGCGGUGCAAGAAAUCCACGCCUGUGUUGGUACGCGGAAUCUUGCCAACGAGCACGCCCUCGAUAUUCUUUAUCGUUUAUCGAAAGACUCAGACACUUGCGACAGUGGCGAUACUCUUCGUGCUCACACCAAUCUCAUGGCGGUUGUCAAGCUCUACGAAUGGCUUGAGCUCCCUUCAGACGGUGGGAAUGAUGUUCUUUGGCAGGACAUGCGACUCCGGCGCUUUGUUGAAUCACGGCGAGAAAAGAAGGAUCGCCACCAGCCUCCACAACGAAGGCCUGAGAGAGAUGAAACUAGCGCACAAGUACACAAGCGUCAGCUCUACGAAACUCUCCAAAAGAUUCGACAGGGUAAAUUUGAAGUCAAACAGGAAGCAAUCCUUGCCCAUAAAAACUCGAAUUCGCAGCAGAGUGAUGAAAGAGCCUCGCUGACAGAAGCGAGACUCAAUCGACUUCGCACCCACGUUGCGAACACAAACGCAGAUCUUCAAGACCUCAACAAAAUGGACAUCAUAUCCGGGUCCUCCGGGCGAGUCUGCCUGCCUGCAGCUCUCUAUGUUAGCAACGCCAACUCGAGAAGCUAA